CAGCAAACAACCUCCUCUUUCCUUUCCAUCCAUCGGACCAUCGAUCACAAUUUUCAUGGCGGUCAAGGACUGCGGCGGGCACAAGGGCUGCGAGUGCGAGCGGGAGCGGCUGUACCGGCGGUGCUGCGCGGCGGUCGUGGCUCUGAUCCUCCUGGUCCUCUUCAUCGUGCUCGUCGUGUGGCUGGUGCUGCGCCCCCACAAGCCCCGGUUCUACCUGCAGGACCUGUCGGUGCUGUGCCUGAACGUGACGCCGCCGGCGUCCACGUACCUGUUCACGACGAUGCAGGCGACGGUGGCGGCGCGCAACCCGAACGAGCGCGUGGGCGUGUACUACGACCAGGCGGACGCGUACGCGGAGUACAAGGGCGUGGCGAUCACGGUGCCGACGCGGCUGCCCGUGCAGUACCAGGGGCCCCGGGACGCGUCCGUGUGGUCCCCGUUCCUGCGCGCCCCGGAAGGCGGCGUGCAGCUCCCGCCGCAGCUGGCCGUGGCGCUGGCGCAGGACGAGACGGCGGGCUACGUGCUCGUCGACGUCCGCGUCGACGGCUGGGUCCGCUGGAAGGUCGGUACCAGCUGGAUCUCGGGUCACUACCACCUCCGCGUCAACUGCCCCGCGCUGCUCACCGUCAACGACGGCAGGGGCAGCUACGGCGCCAACACCGGCGGCGGCACCGGAUACUUCCGCUUCCAGCAGGCAGCGGCAUGCGCCGUAGACGUCUAGCAGUGCUCUCUCUCUCUCUGUACCAGCUAGCUGUGUUUGCCAAUUCGUCGAUCGAAUCAAAGGACGAUGCUUCCUUCGUCGGUGUUCAUCACUCACGCACUAGCUAGCUUCUUUCUGCGACUGCCGACUUUUCGUCCGGUUGGUUGGUUGGUUGGUUGGUUGAUUGAUUGAUAUCACUACUAUAUCAGCUAGCUUUUCGAUCGAUCGAUUCGUGUAAAAGCAAAGCAAAGGAAAGGAAAUGAAAAAGGCUAUCUUUUUUUUU